AAAAUAAGUAAAAAUCCUAGUUUUGCAAACCAAAAAAAGAUGCCAUUUACCCGUUGUCAUUUUUCUAUCUGCAUUUAAUGCUUCUUCCAUCAACGCCGGUUAUUGAUUCUAUACACUCGUUGGUGUCUCCUCUUUCCCACUCUUUCUUCCCUUUCUCAACUUGAAGUUGUUUUCUCUUUUGGGUGUUUUGGUUAAACUUUUGUUUGUCUCAGUUUGCAGUGAAGAAGAAAAGAGAAGAGGAUAAUGAAGGUUGUUGCUGCAUAUUUUUUAGCUGUACUGGGAAGCAAAACCAACCCAUCUGCUGCUGAUAUUAAAAAAAUCCUUGCUUCCGAUACCUUUAACACAAACCUUUACCUUUUUUCUGGCUUUUAUUUCCUUUUAUCUGUUUCAGUAUCUGCACUUGGUAAUGCAUUAGUUUUUGGAGCUGAAGCUGAUGAUGACAAGAUUCAACUUCUAUUGUCUGAGAUGAAGGGAAAAGAUGUGACGGAAAUUAUUGCAUCUGGGAGGGAAAAGCUUGCCUCAGUUCCGUGCGGUGGUGGUGGCGUAGUAGGCGCUGCACCUGGGGCUAGUGCUGCUGCCGGCACUCCAGCUGCAGCUGAGGCUAAGAAAGAAGAGAAAGUGGAGGAGAAAGCGGAAUCCUCGGACGAUGAUAUGGGCUUCAGUCUCUUCGAUUGAAAUUGGUUUUUGCAUAAAUUUUCUCGAAUGCAUUAGAUUCUAAAAUUUUUUUAAUCUAUUGUCCGGGAUUCAUAGAAACCUGAUGCUGCAAUCGAAUUUUUAGAGUUGAUUCAUGCCGAUUAAUGCUGAAGAAUUGAACAAAUGACAAUUCAAUAUUUCUGCCAAUAUUCCGUGGAAUAAUUGAUAGAUAUGAUCAUGUAACACAAAUACAUGGAUAUAUCACUAAGUAAUAUGU